GGGCCCUCCCCGGCCGCCCUGGCGCGGGAGCUGGAGCGCCUGGACGCCGACCUCCGGCGGGUGGGCCGGUGCUGCGAGGCUGCGGGGGCCUCGUCCCUCAACGGCUCCCUCGGGGGGCUGCACGAGGCGCUGGCCGCCACCGAGCGCGACUUGGAGCGGCACCAGCGCCUCUUCCACAGCCUCUUCGGAAACUUCCAAGGGCUUGUGGCGGCCAACGUCAGCCUGGACCUGGGGAAGCUGCAGGCCAUGCUGAGCAGGAAAGGGAAGAAGCAGAGAGGGCUGGAAGCUCCCCGGAGGAGGGACAGGAAGCAAGCGGAGACUUCGGCGGAUGAGCCUGGCAAAGGGCCGGUGCUUUGGGAGGCAGGCUCCCCUGUGGCCUUCUAUGCCGGCUUUCCAGAAGGCACGGCUGCGCUACAGGCGGUGAAGUUCAACGCUACUUACGUCAACGUCGGCAGCAGCUACUUCCCUGAACACGGCUACUUCCGAGCCCCUGAGCGUGGGGUCUAUCUGUUUGCAGUGAGCGUUGAAUUUGGCCCAGGGCCAGGCUCUGGGCAGCUGGUGUUGGGAGGUCACCAUCAGACCCCUGUCAGUUCCACCGAGGAGCGGAGGGGUGGAAGCACGGCCACGACCUUCACGAUGGCCGAGCUGCAGAAAGGCGAGAGAGUGUGGUUCGAGUUAACCCAGGGGUCAGUUAUAAAGAGAAACCCGCCAGGCACCACAUUUGGGGGAUUCCUGAUAUUCAAGACCUGAACGCCGGGCACAGCCCUUGACCAGACGUCGUGGACUCGCCCAGCGUUCCUUGGCCUGGAGCUCCGGCCAGGGUUGGUCUGGAGACCCAUCCCACUGGUCUAGUUCUUCCCGGAAAACUGCAGAGACGAUGUGGUAUAUGUGGCCUUCCUCUAGACGCACUGGGUUUGGCUCUUUCUUAGUGACGGAAGAACCGGAAUGCUUCUCUCUGGGCAGAAGCCAGCCCGGGGAGGUGUGAACCCGAGCUUGGCAUGCCUCCUGAGGCAGCAUGGCGUGUGGGCCCCAGCCCUCGGCCGCACCCUGGGUCCUACAGCUUCUUUGGUGUGUCGCUCCUCCUGUGGUCGGAAACUUUAAACCAUUCUCCCACUUCCUUUCCCUAAUCUUAUGCUAGAAAAUCGUUCCUCCGCAGAAGGAAGAUGUUUAAAAUGGAGGUGACAUUUUGGAUGUUGUUGGAAACCAGUCUCUACCCACUACAGGGCCGUCGGAGAAAACCGAACCGUUUGACUUCUGUUAGAAACGGGACAAAGUCCUCGUCGAGUUAACCAAAGGAAACAGUAUUAUAUUUCGCUGUUUUGGUCCUUCCCUGAAUUUAUCUGUAACCUUAAUUUCACUUCUUUAUCUCCUUGCCUCCACAAGAUAAAGGCCAAGACACGCCAAACAUGAACUCAAAUGUGUACAGCCUUCGCCUUUUUUUUUUUACUUCCUCCACUCGCCGAUGACCGUCCUCAUUCUUAUUAGCAUCUCGAACCAGGAAGGAGGCUGAGGGAGGAAGUGAAGGAUGAUUGUCAAAAUCUCCCUUGAGAAUGAUCAGCUCUGGAAUAAAAGCAAUGCCCUUCAACUCUCUGCCUGGUUUAUUUAUGGAGAGCAAAAGGAUUCAUUACAGAAGGUAGAAAUAGGGGACAAAAUGCAACUAUUUGGGAUAAAUGUGACUCCCAUGAUUCCAGGCUGUGUUUGACUUCACAGUUCCAGUAAGUUCUACAUGGCACACGCAGAGCCUCCCCAGCAGGCAGUGGCGUGAAUACUGGAUUAGACAGGAACACUUGGAGUUGCAACAGUUCCCACAGUAUCAACGUAGGAUUUUCAAAACAUUACAGACCCUAGAGCAAACAGGCUGGAGAAAGCAGCCAUCUAGUUGUGAGGAAACGUGUGUGUUUUGGUCAUUAGGUGUCCGAUGUGUUGAACAUACUCUUCUGGAUAACUAAAUUGGAUUGGACUGGGUGGUGAAAAAGGACAGGAGUUGGUUGUCAGGGUUAACAAGGGUCUCAGCCCUUCUCCUUGUUUCCUAAGGGUCAUUAAUCCAAACCGUUGUCCCUCAGAAUUUAUUCACCAAGCUUCGUGUGCUCCAUAUGCUAAAACAUUAGUGUCAAAAGGAAAAGUGUGCUGGGCCACUCUGCCACUGACAGUAAAUCACCGCCCCCUGAACUUUUUCCACCUGUAGUAUGAGGUGGUUAGUCUAAUAGCUUUCAGUAAGUAUCUUGGUGUUUUAUUAUCUUGACCACAGAUUUGACUCUGGCCUUCCUGCCCUUCCCUCUGGCCAGGGCCUCUUGCCCAGUGUGGCUCUCAGUUGCCAAGACUAAUGCCAACCCAAGGCAUGAUGUACUGGGGCCAUUCCUGACCAAAGAUUGGAAAGCCGGUAGCCCAUGGCCCCUGCUGUGUCUUCCUUCUGCCCCAUCUCGUCCUUAUUGGUCAAGCUGUACUGACGACUAAGUGGAGAUAUUAGGACAGUGUGGUCUUACCAACUAAGAUUUCCAUUUGGAAUAGAUUAGAUUGCACAUAAUAAGCAGAGUGAAUUGAUCUCCAUAAGGGGCACAUGCCCUCCGCCACUCAUGUGGCCGGUGCCCUUAACAGGGUUAUAAAUGCAAGUGCUAACUGGUUAACUCCGCCAGCAGCGUGGAUGAGUCAGUCGCUCCAGAAGUUUCUGGGAUGAGAACUAGAGAGACAAUGGUUCUUUUAAAUAGGAUGCUUUCCAUGCAACAAAACCAAUUUCAUAAAACCUUAAUAUCCAGUUUAAGUGCAAAUUUCCUGUUUAAACACUUCUAUAAUGAAGACACCAGUUUAAGAAUUCUAAAGUUCACUCGACAGGUUUCUUAUCUCCACUAAGGCAUCUAGUAUCCCUGGGUGCAGACUCUUUGCCAGUGCCCCCCAAAUAGACCCCCUGUUACCCAGGCUAAUGUUAAGACACCCUUCACUUGUGGCAUCCAGAACAAGGCAACGGACUGAGCACAGAGUGGUACCAUACUUCCCAAAUCGGAUGGAAACACGGAUUCAAAAAUAAUACUGAAAAACAAGAAAGGGUGCCAUAAGCUGAUCAGAAAAUUUUCACAAUUUCUGAAAAAUGGGAAAUAGAAGGAUCAAGUAUAAAAUGAAAUAGCAAAAGGAAACCAUAACCCAAAACAUCUGAGACUGUUGGAGAUGGGAGCGAUUUCAGGGGAACCCCAAACUCAAACUCAGCCCCUAACAGGCUUGGGGGGGAUGAGUGGAGGAGGAGCAGCCGAGGGGCAGCCGCGGUGGGUCCCAGCCGUCGCCUGCCCGUGCUAAGCGGCCAGCAGCGGUGGCCUCUGCCCGGAGCCUGGCAGCGUGGGUCUAUCCUGGGCCCCCAGCUGCGGGGCGGUUACGGACUCUCGAGGCAGGAAGCUCCCAGGCUACGUGGAUAACCCAAGGCCCGCGGCAGCCAAUCCAGAGAUGUGUCCCCACACAGCACAACAUAAUGUCAAAGUAACGCCUGACCUCUGCUUUUCUUUCAGAAACAACUUGUGUUUUAGCAGCACUGUGGAGAGGAUAUAUAUGGUCUAUAAAGAAUGUUUCUGAAAGCUCUUCCUUCCUGUCAUACUCCACCACUCCGCUGGUAUCCCGUGACAUUUGUCUCAAAAACAUCCGCACCUCCAGCCCUGCUCUAGCCCGCUCAGCGUUCCUCCACCCUCCUCUGAAGAAAGCUCCCCCAGAGCCGGCCCAGCAAUGACCAAACUCACUGCGGUGGGGGCGGUAAAUACGCGGAGGGGGAAAAGCCUGAAUCCUAGGCAAGCAGAACGGAGCACUUAAUUUUUGCAUUAACAAACCGCUGUUGCCCCAUAAAAACAGGAAGCCAAGGAACACAGAACUGAGGGGAGCAGGGGUUCACCAAAUACAGAAAUGAGCAACCACGCCAAAGCGCCCAACCUUUGUGGAAAACCAGUGUCAGGAAGAAAAGGAUCCAAAACUCAAAAAACUGAAGAUUUUGGACUACACAAGUCUCUAGAAAUAAUACAGGAAACUGGAAAUCUUAUUUGCCACUCAGAUCUUGGUCUCUAAAUACCAUCCUCCCUGAGGGAAUCGGACAGCCUUGGGGAAAUGGCUGACUCCAUGGCUGGGGCAGGGAAACUACCAGAUGACCUUGGAACAUCUUCUAAGUGCCAAAAUUAAGAAGUGCUCAAGAAAAGAUGGGCACGUGGACAAAGGACUCAGCCAAUGUGAUGAACUUCCGGUGGCCAAGUCUGGACCAAUCUGAGCAUCAAAACAAAUGACGACCCGACGGACCCUAACUCACUGACUAGAGGAAGAGCCCACGUGUUCCUACCGGUGAUAAAAAAUAAACAGAACACAGACCUCUCCCUUACAGAACGCCAGUUAAUAAAUAUAGAUGUAAUCACACAAGUAGAAAACCACUACUUUGUAACCACUGAUUCACAUUAGAAUUGCCAGUGGCUAGAACAGACUCUCAAAUUAUCACCAUAACAUAGUAAUUACAAAGGGAAAACCACCACUUUCCACUAAGGAAACUAGGUUUCACCUCGAACAGGGGAUUGACAGUGACAUCAUUAAUAAUGGGACACAUGCCAUGGCCUCCCAAUGGGAUACCCCGAGAAGGACACAACUGUGUCCACAGAAACUCUGGCCUUUUGCUCUAGAAAAUGUAUCACAAAAGACAGAAACUGGAGAACUGUUUUGGAUUAAAGAAUGAGACAUGACAACCGAAUGCAAGAUCCCCCAACAGACCCUGGACCCGGGAAAUGCGCUCUCAUGGACUGUAUUAGAACCGACGAAGGUCUGCAGGUUUUGGUAUUGCUGAUCAUUGUUAUGGUAUCGAUGUCAACUUUCCUGAAUUUGAAAAGCAUACAUAACCGGUUUUGUAAUAGGAAUAUCCCUGAAAUACUUAAAAGAGACACGAGCUCUGUAAUCCAAGUAGUUCAGAGAAGGUUAUGUGUGUGCUCAAACAUUCCAACAUCAAGCCUUUACGAUUCUUGUUCACACACACAGACCAACAAGGCAGCUGUGGCAAAAUGUAAUAGUUGAUGAAUCUGGGUGAAGUGUAAAUGGCAUUCUUGUACUCUUCACUUUUCUAGAAUUUUGAAAUUAUUUCCAAAUAAUAAAUAAAGUUUGGUUGAGAUAAAAAAAAACAGUAGAUGGGCUGAAAAGCAAACGGUAUGAUGGAUCAUACAACAGACACGUUAAGAAAUAGGGAAGAAAAAGUCAGGGGACCUAAUAUUUGUCUAAUGGGAGUUCUAGGAAGAGUAAAGUAAAAGAAAGGAAGGGAGGAAAUAAAGAAAUAGUGGAAGCUCCCACGUCCAAGGAAAGUUUAAAAGCACCCAAUUGGUACUAACAUGAAGAAUGUAUCUAGACAUGGCAAGUUUAAACUUCAAAACAGCGGAGAGAAAAUUCCAUUUUGUUUUUCAGAUUUAUUUGAGAGAGCGAGCGGCCUCGCACGAGUGCGCACAAGUGGGGAGGGGGCAGGG